UCCACAUGGGGAUGGGUGGGAAAGAGUACUAAUUAAAAAAAAAGGUCUACGUGAUUGAGAUGGAAGGUUACCUUGGUUUUCAUAAAGUUAAUAAUGCCCCGGGACAGCAGUACCAAGUACGUUACAGUGACGAGAUCUCUCGCAACACCCAUCUGGACUGAGUUCACCCUUAUGUGGUUUUGCUUCCUGGUUUAAACUCUAAUACUUUAAAACAGCCUUUUAACAAACCACUUCUUGCAAAAUGAGCAUCCAGUCUGAAGGGGUUCCCAAACCAGAAUCUGAAGGGGUUCCCAAACCAGAAUCUGAGGGACUAGCAACCAAGAUAUAUUAUUGUGAGAUUUGUAAAGUUCCAUGUAUGAGCGCUAUGACACUUCAGACACACUUUGCUGGAAUAAGGCAUAAAAAGAGAGAGAGAACUCUGAAGGCAAAACGUGUUCCAGUGAUAUAUGAAGAACCAAUGUCAUUAAAGAAACCGCUAUCAAAAAAUAUAAGAUGUCUGAAAGAUUUCAUGAAGGAUCCAAACAGAGAAGAACCUCUCAUAGGUUUGGAAUAUGUCGUUGAAGUCCGAUUUAAAGGGAGAAGAGAGCCUUCCUAUGAAUGUCAGUUAUGUAUGUUUAAUACAGAGAUGGUACCAAUGAUAGAGCAUCUUACAGGUCAAAGACACAGAAAAGCAUAUCUUAUAAAACAUUACCCAGAUAAGACAAAGAGGACUGCAAAUGAUUAUAACGAGGACAAAGCUGCAUUUCUUAGAAAGGUAGCAAGAGAAGUAGAGAAGACAGAAGGAUUAAACAUGUAUAAGCGUGAAGAUUUUGAGAGACCCUGCAUAAGUUCUACAACAGCAAAGAAGAAAGCACUAAGGUUUGGUGGUGGCUACAAGCCUGAGAAUGAUCCAGUACGGAGAGAGAAAGUUCUGGAAUAUAUGGAAAACUUUGAGAUAACAUCAGACAAAGAAGCAACUCGAGUAAUAAACAUCGCACAGUCUUUGUCAGAAGAUUUGAAGGCCUUUUGUGAAAAUCAAGCAACUCUCAACUAUAUUAGAAGCCUUCCGCCAUUGAUGUCACCAGGAACAAGAAAUGCAAAGCAGCAUAAACCUAAUCAGUCAUUUGAAAGUUACAAAGAUGAUCAAGGCAGAGAUGUCUUCAGUGAAACAAUGAUGACAAAAACUGCCCAAGGAGACAAUAAUUGGAAGCAUGGAUGUCUGACUAAUGGACUAGCACAGUUACAGUCCCUACUACAGCAUGGACCACGUACUUCACACACCCCUACUGAUUCAUAUAUUUAUCAAAUGAGGGAGAAUGCCUCUUCGAAUGCCAUAAGUUCUAAAGAAUUUGCAGCAGUGUCUGCCCUUCAGAAUUCAUUUGGCCAGAUUCAUCAGCCAGGCUUUGGUUGUGGAAUCAAUGAAUGGAUGAAGCAAUUCAACCAAUCUGCUUCUGUUUAUUUUCAGUCAACUCCAGCUGCAGAAAAGUCUCCCUACUUUACAUCACCACAAAGCAGUUACACAGUACCACAAGUACUUGAUAACAGAAUGACAAACAAUGAAGCAAGAAAAUGGGAUAGUAUGAGAAAUUCAUCUGACUCAAGAACAUAUCAAGCCACCUCCAUCUCAUAUCCUCCUCCAAUAACCUAUCAACCAAAUUACCCUUCACAAAAAUUUCCCUCUUGGGAUUGUGAUAAAUCUGGGCAUGGAAUUCUGAUGCCAGUACCUUCCUUUCCUUCUGAAAGUGGUGGUCCUGGCUGGCCCCAUCACUCAGGCUACCAGCAAUCAAACCGUGAAGGCGAUUUGAGGUCUUAUCUGUCCUUCUGUGGUGGCAGCUCACACAGUAAUUAUCAACUGCAGAAUACACAGAUGAAUAGUAUCAUGGGUGAAUGUAGCAGUGGCCCUACUGCCGACAUUAUGAGUCAGCUUCGAGGAAAGGAUGCAGCUACAUUGACAAACAUGCUUCAGCAACUGGUUCCCCAUUAUCCGGACCUUCAAAAAAUUAAUAUUCAUGCAUUAGCCCAAGCUCUGAGUGAAAUGAAUUAAGGAUCAACUGAAGAUGAAGUGGCAAAUGCUGUUUCACCAUAUGAGGAUGCCAACUGAGAAGUUAGAACUUAAGAGUUAGAGAAAGAAGAUCUGACUCAUAUUUGUUUAGCAUCUAAAACUAGUUCAAAGUAAAUAUGCAAGUGUAUAGUUCUGAAACAAAUCGUGGGUUGGGUUCUACAAAAUGUUUUGUUAAAGCCUUUGAAGCUUCAGCACUUGCUUUUCUACUUACUAGUAAGGUAAACCAUAGUGUUAAGCAUUCUCCCACAAGUGUACCCAAAUUAAAAAAUAAAGAUAACUUUUCCACAUUGUGAAC